AGAAGAAUAUUGGACACUUAAUAUAAAGUAACAAUUGAUGACACUUGUAAUGCGAUGUUGUUUUGUUCAGACAAGAAUGAAGGUUCUUGCUGGAUGUCUCUCCAGUAUGAUUGAAUAUGAAACGCCAAAAGUAGUAAAGGUUCAUAAUACUGGGAUUGGUCUACUGCGCCGAGGACUCCAGCUUGCUAUAGUUCUCUAUGUAGGCCUUUAUCAACUGUAUGUGGCCAAGGGAUAUCAAGAGUUUGCUGGAAUUGAAUCUUCAGUUACCACAAAGGUAAAAGGAUACUCGAUAUCAUAUCUUGGAGAUCUUCAAGUCAAAGAAAAUGUUCGCAAAAGAUAUGAACGAGUUUGGGAUGAAGCUGAUUAUGUAAUCCCACCAGCAGAAAAUGGUGCAUUCUUUGUAACGACGAACGUUAUAAUAACUCCAAACCAAACAUGGGGGUAUUGUCCUGAGGAUCCUCGAGAUCUACCGAGUGUACUCUGCACUGUGGAUGAUGAUGUAGAAGAAACCUCCCAAUCUUGUAUACCAAGACAGAACCUGGCUAAAAGCCAUGGUCCCCAGACUGGACGAUGUGUGCCCAGUGACCGUGUAGCAAACAAAACUGUCUGUGAAAUAUCAUCCUGGUGUCCAGUUGAAGACGACAGACUACUCCUCCACAAAAUUAGACCAUUGAUAACUGGAAGUGAAUCUCACACAGUGUUUAUUAAGAAUUCAAUAAGAUUUUCACAUUUUGGAGACAAGUUCCACAGAAACAACAUGCCUAACGGUGUUUGUGUUCACAACUUCGGUGAUGGCUCCUCUCAUCUUUGUCCGAUAUUUAGAUUAGGGGACAUUGUUGAGGCGGCCGGGGGGAAUUACUCGAUAAUGUCAAUUAAGGGAGGAGUAGUUGCUAUUCACAUCUCUUGGAUCUGUAAUCUUGAUUUUGACUUUAUGGGAAACUGUAUUCCAAGGUACAACUUUCGCCUUUUGGAUACAUUUGGAUGGAAUUUUCGGCACGCACAUUUUCAUGAAGAGGGUCGGAGAACUUUGUACAAGGCUUACGGGAUCAAGUUUGUUAUUAUUGUACAAGGCAGAGCAGGGAAAUUCGACUUAAAGAAUACUGUUAUCAACAUAGUUGCUGGAUUAGGCCUUCUAUCCUUUAUCACAAUGUUCUGUGACUUCAUUCUUUUACACUAUGUCGAGGAGAGAAAGAUUGUAAAGCAGAAGAAAUUUGAAAUACUUGACCGCAACACAGUUCUUACAGGGCUCUUAAGCAUUAUUGCUGCCAGUCAAACUGAACAUCAGCCAAAAGAAAGCUCAGAAUGUCUCUUGGAAAAAAAGACGGACAAGUGUAGUCAAUGGGAUGCUGAUGUAAUAACACAUGAGAGGGAAGUGAAUAAAGAAGAGGAGAAGGAGCUGAAUCCCAAUGCAAGACGAAGGCUAAAAGGAACCUUCCUUAAAUAUGGACAGACGACACCAGAACAUUUCUUCAGUUUUUCCGAAACUGACUCAAGACCAACAUUUUCACGAGAAAAUAGUGAAAUAUCUACUACUCCUUUUGACAGCAUGAUAGAGUAUAUUGAUAGUGAGUUGUGCAGCAUUACAAAUGAUGAAAUUGGAGAAAAACACGAACGUAGUCCAAGAAAGAAUUUUUUUAAGUUUAAAGAACAUCAAACAGAAAACAUUGAAAGCAUUCCCUUCAGGAGUGAGGAAAAAAUUGUGCGACAAGGCUUGAAGAGCUUGAAUGGUACUUCCAACUUAAAGGGAAAUAUUAGAAAAAUGGGAUUUGAAGAAUCUCCAAAACACCGGGGGAUAGAACUCUUUUUCAAUACUUUAGAAGAUCGUAAUGUAGAAUGUAAAGACGGAGUGCUCAAAAGGAUUUCAGACCAAGGAUUGACCCAACAGAAACCAAACAAUGGAAAGCAUAAUUAUCAGCUUGUUAGCCGGGUUUAAACCCAGGACAGCAAGACAGAUAAAUUGUUUGUGUCCAUACUCAAAAUUAGGAUUUUUAGAAUAACAUUAACCUGUAGUAAAUGCCCUACUCGGUAAAAGUCUCUCAGACCCGUAUCAAUCCAGGUACAACUCAAUCCCUCUCGCUAGGGCAUCAGAACUAAUCAGUUCAAUUACACUUUACCAGACACAAUCUAUCUUUACAAUGCUCUACUAUCAAUAUCAAACUGGACACCAUCUAUCUUUGCAAUGCUCUACUAUCAAUGUCAAACAGGACACGAUCUCUUGGCACAAUGUCUUCACUUUCCUAAUCUAUAUCUAUCUUUCAAGAGGGUGAUUCAGUAGGAUUCCCGUUCGUUAAACGAGGAACAACUACUCUCAAUUGGUAAUCGUUCAAAACUCUAUUCUAACUGAGUGUAUUUUGGGUUCUAGGUUACAGAUUAAGUUUAAUAGACAGAAUUACAAGUUUUGCAUUGUUAUAUACAAAUGUAUUUAAGCUAAUCACAAUAUAAGUUUGACAUAGUUAGGUUAGGUUAAUUGAAAUACAAUAUUUGCAUAGUUACUGAUAAGCGCAUUAAGAUUUAAGGACAAUGUACAACGUAAUUGAUCUAGGUUAUUAUGGAAUCUGCCACUGCAUUUAUUACAAAAUGGGGGGGGGGGGGAAGGAAUGUUGAAAAAUAGGGUUAUCUAUCCCUUAUUUUCUAUAAUUUUGUUUCUAUUCUGCUUUCUCUGCUGCAAACAGAGAAUUCAUGAACUCCAUUAUAUCAAACAGUGAUCCUCUGACAGUCUUGGUUUGUCAUUUGCACAUAUCACUGGGGACUGCAUAUCAGGAACUUGUUCCCCUUCCUCUUCAAUACAGUUGCAUUGCCCUAAUAUACAAUUGGCUCCAUAUCUACAAUGUUUAGGCUGAUCCAACUCAUCCAGGUCAUCUUCAUAGGGUACAAUCGGGAUAUCUCUUUGACUCCUUUUGAUCACCACUUUUAUUCUCCAUGUUGUAGGUAUCUCUGUCAUUUCUGUGUGCCUGUAACAGAUGAUGAGUCCAUGUCAAUGUCUGGUUCCGAGUGAUAUAAAAAUUUGGAUUACUGAUUGACUGUUUGAUACCAUCUCGUCUUGAGUUUCCAUUAACAUAUUCCACCUUUCCAUGUCUACAUCUUC